ACGCAUCACCACCGACCCUCUUCUGAGCUCGUCGACGCGACUGGAAUGAAGGGGUUGAAAAAAAAUCUGAAUCUGCUCAACAGGAAGAGUUCGGGGGACUCGAGUUCCUCCAAAAAGGAAUCAAAGACAUCCUCAUCUUCAGUACCGCCGCCUCCUCCUCCCAACACUCAGAAGCCGCUGCCUGUCCCAGGCCAGAUCUCCAGUAACUCUUCGUCGUCAAUAUCUCAGUCGACCGCCCCCUCGACACCAGAUCGUCGGCAUGUAAGCGAUGCCAAUGGAGCAACCCCGCCACCCAUUGUUGUCGUCAGCGCCGAUCCGUCUCAUGACCAGUCGUACCGCAGCAGUCAGCCCAGUACACCGGAGCGACCGGGCGGCGCGCACGAUCUCGCAGGGCCGCCUCGCGCCAGCCUCUCGAACAUGUCACGUUUACGCGCCAAUGCCAAGGAUACGAUCCCCAUUGUGGGCAAGCCACCCCGCAAACAACGUAGCAGCCGAUUCGUCGUGACAGAAAAGGUCGAGAUUCAGCGACUCCCGCCGUUUAUGGAGACUCCCCCGAGCGAGAGACCGCAACUUUUCGUCAAGAAGCUUCAUCAAUGCCGCGUUCUUUUUGACUUCAAUGAUGCUAGCGCAGAUCUCCAAGGGAAGCAGGUCAAAGCGCAGGCUUUACAUGAACUGCUUGACUAUGUCUCUACGCAGCGCGGGGUCAUCACAGAGAACUUAUACUCAGAGGUCGUUGGAAUGUUUUCGGCCAACCUUUUCCGUUCAAUACCCCCACCGGUCAAUCCUACCGGCGACGCUUUUGAUCCGGAAGAAGAUGAGCCGGUUUUAGAACUGGCUUGGCCACACCUCCAGAUCGUGUACGAAUUCUUCCUGCGCUUCGUUGAGAGCCCAGAUUUCAACACCAACUUGGCCAAACGUCACAUUGACCAAGGCUUCGUGCUCAGCCUGCUUGAGCUGUUCGACUCGGAAGAUCCCCGCGAACGCGACUUCCUGAAGACUACGCUCCAUCGCAUAUAUGGCAAGUUCUUGAACUUGCGCGCUUUCAUUCGGCGAUCGAUAAACAAUGUGUUCUUCCAUUUCGUGUACGAAACGGAACGACACAACGGCAUCGCGGAACUCCUGGAAAUUCUUGGUUCCAUUAUCAAUGGUUUUGCGCUUCCCUUGAAGGAAGAGCACAAAACCUUUCUCACUCGCGUUCUCAUUCCGCUACACAAGGUCAAAAGCCUUUCUCUGUAUCAUCCACAGCUGGCGUACUGUGUGGUGCAAUUCCUGGAGAAAGAUCCGGGCCUAGCGGAAGACGUUAUGCUGGGCUUGCUCAAGUUCUGGCCCAAAGUCAACUCCCCGAAGGAAGUCAUGUUCUUGAAUGAGGUGGAGGAGGUUCUCGAUGUGACGGAUCCUGUCGAAUUCCAGAAGAUCCAGGUGGCGCUCUUCCAGCAGCUUGCUCGCUGCAUCAACAGCCAGCACUUCCAGGUGGCAGAGCGUGCUUUGCUGUACUGGAACAACGAGUAUGUCGUCAAUCUCAUGAGCGACAAUCUGCCUGUCAUCCUGCCGAUUGUUUUCCCUGCUCUGUACACCAACUCCAAGUCUCACUGGAAUCGAACCAUCCACGGCAUGGUUUACAACGCUCUCAAACUCUUCAUGGAAAUCAAUCCGGACUUGUUCGAUGAUUCAAUGCAUCAAUACAAACAGAAUAAGAUGGAGGAGCAAGAGCAUGCUGUCCAGCGGUACAACGCAUGGCAGAAGAUGCGGGAAAUCGCCAUCCAGAAUGCCCCGGAAGGCAAAUUACCCGCUGGAUAUGUUGAAAUACAGCGCCCGCCGCCUCCGACCGCCGAGGACAUCGACAUUCUCGACCUCUCAAUGGAGCUGAACGCCGUGUCCAUCGAGGACAUGUCGGCAAAUUUAGAUGAACACAGCAUCGAACGAGUUCCGAUGGCUGAUCCUGGUGUGGAUCGCUCGCUGGAGAUGGAGGCACCGUCUCAUGGGCCCCAUGUGAGAAGAAAGUCUGUCCUGCCUGUGGAUCCGACAGUCAUGCACGAUUUGCAGGCCCACCGCAGCCUGGACAACGGUUUCUAGUCUGAAGUCUGUUUGCUAUCUGUACACCAUCAGCCAUGCCUUAUUAUUCUUCUCGUCGACGCAGCUCUUUAUACAAUACAUUGGAUGUGCAUUUUACUCGCUCCCUAUCACAAAGUCUCGCACCAAUUCGAGGAAGUAAGCACUUUUGAGCACAUCGUCGUGCUCCAUGUCGAGUUGAUCGACAUUCUUCUUGACAUCCUCAAUCGCAGCAGGUCCGAUUGAAGCACAGAGAUGGGCGUGCAUCGCAUUCGCCUGCUGCGCAUCUACGAGUGUGUCUCCUUUCGAGUGGACGAGCAGCCACUUCCAAGAACCGCUCUCUUUGUGCAUCGGAAACCGGAGGGCAGAAACGUUCUCGUAUGAAGAGCGAUCCCCGAAAGCGUCGGCGAUAAACCAGCUGCGAUAGGACGGGAAGCUGGCGAGUAGCAUAUCGAUGUCGUAUAUUCCCUCUGAGAACAGGAGGCCUUUUGUGGCUUCGAGCACAGAUCGAGAGGGCAACAGCGAUGGCAGCUGGGAGUCGAGAAAGAUCGAUGACAGAAUGUGGGCUCCUGCACUAUGCCCCAUAAGAUAUAGCUUGCGACCCGCAGGAUCGAAUGUCGCUCCGGGAACAUGCGGCCAUGGACUACCGGAUGCGAUGAAGACGAGGAAUCGGAGAAUGUCUUCAGAGUGCCCGGGAUGGCGGAACUCGUUCUCAGGCGUCAUCUUAUUCGGCGUGAGACGGUAAUUGGGAACGAGUACGGCGCAGGACGUUAUUUGUGCGACCAGCGUCGCGAAUGAGAGAUGACUCGCUUUAUCAUCCCUGGACACAAUUGUUCCGGGGGGAAGACGAGGAUAACGAGACUGCUUACGCUUUCCAGGCACCACCAUGAACGAAUACGACCAUGGGGGACCCAUCGGCCACUUUGGGAGGAAGAACAAGAUCGAAUGCGCGCAGGCGAUCGAACUCUUCGCUGAUGUACGAGAUGUCGUUGAAAGUCUGCAUGACGGAUUAUGAAGCACUGUUGUCAAUCUUGUCCCGGCCUUAUAUGAGUCGUGCGCGAACAAGCGGGAGUCAAUCUGAGUCACUCGAAGAGCCAGUCGGGGCCGUAUUAAAUACAAAUAAUAGGUCCGCUCAACAAUCAGUGGUGGUCAAGCCGUGGGUGGUCGAAGUAGAUGAAUGAUGCGAACAGUCAAAUGCCGGGAGCGAGGCGCGUAUCAACAAACUCGACAAGACAUCACUGAGAGGACUACUCCUCACGUUGCUCAUCCCAAGGCUUUACUCUGCGUGAGGCUAAUCGGAAAAAGGCUGCUGCUUCAUACCUGGAAGAAGCUUGGUUUUCCAAUUUCGGGAAAACUACCUGAAAAGACUGAUCAAAAUCAUAUCAACCCAGAGAAAAUGUGACCGAGGACGGCUAACAGUAGGCAUCAUUCGUCGAGUUAUUGCGUAGACCUAUGUAGUACGAGCCCCGGGAGUCAGGUUUUGUCAGUGACGAUCCGAAAUAUCGCAGAUGGAUCUUAGUGAUUCUGCAAAAUGCAGGCUCUAUACUUCUAGCAGUGUACUUGAUACCGAGAAAGACCGUUUGAGAAACAAGUGAGCAAGCACAGAUCCGUGCGGCGACAUGCGCAAUGACGAACAAGUGAAAUGUCACAUCUUGAGACAUAGACGAUAACUACGUCAUCAGAUCAAUGCAUGUCGGUUUAGUCUCUAUCAAGUGAAUGCUGCUAGAGGGAGGGAGAAAAUAGCACCUGGUGAUGCACACAGUCGUCAAAAGCCCCUGAGGCUGAUGAUAGAG